UGAAAGGCAUAGGUGUGUGUGCGGGCGGGCGUGCUGUAGGUUGUGAGAAGUCUUGUUAGGGCCUGCCUGGAAUGUCGGGAUGCCAAGCUAGAGAGAGGCUGGCUGCCCGAACGACAGAGGAAGAAAGGUGUUUCAUGUGAAUGGUCCAAGAUCUGUAGAAUGGCGAAACAGGUUUCUUCUCGAUCGUUAGUUCUAUGAUGGCUUCUCCAGGAUCGCAACGGGGGAUGAGAAUAUUUGUGAAACAGCAGCAUCCCCCCUGGACAAAGUGAAGGACACAAACGACCGAGGCACAGCAUGACUCGAGGUGGGGUGAAGGGAAUAUGCCAUUCUGUGCAAACCUGCAAAACUAAAGAGAGCGGACUACUAGUUGGAUGGAACCUGUCAGCAUGGAAUCUCCACACCACUUGGUCCAGAUGUAUCCGGAGUAUCGCAACAACAACAUAAUUUCCCUGCACUAUAACUACACAGGAAAGCUCCACAGUAGCAAAUACAAGGGAAGCCUCAAAGCUGACGCCAUUGUCUUCCUGGUGGUGUGUGUCUUCAUUGUGCUAGAAAAUCUAGUAGUUCUGCUGGCCAUAUGGAGGAACAAGAAAUUCCAUUCACCCAUGUAUUACCUGCUCGGGAAUCUAACCCUUUCGGACCUACUGGCUGGGGUAGCCUAUGCUGCUAAUAUCAUCCUGUCUGGGGCCAGCACCCUCCGCCUGACUCCUACCCAGUGGUUCCUGCGCGAAGGGGGAGUCUUUGUCACACUUGCGGCGUCUGUCCUCAGCCUCCUUGCAAUUGCUGUUGAGAGACACGUCACUAUGAUUCGCAUGCGACUCUAUCAUGGGAAGAAGAAAGGGCGGAUGCUCCUGCUGGUGGGUACCAGUUGGGCAUCUUCUAUCUUGCUUGGGGUGCUGCCCAUCCUGGGCUGGAACUGCCUGGAUCGCCUUCCUGCAUGUUCUACAGUGCUGCCUCUCUAUUCCAAGCACUACGUCCUCUUCUGCAUUACCAUUUUUUUGGCCAUCCUGCUCUCCAUCGUGGUGCUUUAUGCCCGUGUGUACUGCAUGGUCACGUUUAAUCGGCGGCGCUUGGGCAGCCUUCAUGCAGGGACACUAAAAAAAUCCAAGAAGCAUAUGUCCUUGUUGAAAACGGUGACCGUGGUGGUGGGCACAUUCAUUGCCUGCUGGCUCCCCCUGUUUCUUCUCCUACUGCUGGAUGUGGCAUGCCAGACCCAAGGCUGCAGCCUGUUAUACAAGGCAGAUUAUUUCCUGGGCUUGGCCAUGAUGAACUCUUUACUGAAUCCCAUCAUUUAUACCCUCACCAGUAAGGACCUGAGACGAGCCAUCUUCAAGCUACUGUGCUGCCUUCUGACAGUCACACCAGGUGCAGAGGAAAGCCGAGGAAAGCACUUUGGUCUCCCCAUACUGGAGGGCAGCACCAGCAAGUCAGACCGCUCCUCACACCAGGGGGAGGGGCCCAAUGCCAGCCUGUCAGCCAGGAAUGGGACCCUCACAGCUAGCAAUGCCGUAGUGUCAAAAGCCGCUCAUUGAAUUCCUCUGUACGCUCUGCUUUUGGUGGGAGUGCUGGGGCAUGUGUAGGCAGGGGGAGAGCAGGCUGCUAGAGGCAUGCCUCCUAGCCGAAUGAGACCAGAGUCUGUAGGAGUCCCAGUCUGGAAUGGCAGGCAGAAAAACUGAGGACCAGGACAGAAGAGUAGGGAAUUUGGGCUCGAUCUAGCUGUGGCCUAGGCAGUCAUCAAGGCCUGGCCAGGAUGCAUUUACAGCCAGCCAGCCCGCCAGCCAAAGAGGAACCGAUAUAUUCCCUAGGAGGAUGGAGCCACUGUGGGCCCAGGGAGGCCAAUACUGUCCCUUUCUCUUUCCCUUGACAGUCUUUUAACUAGGAUUGAGCUGUCACUCUUGACCCCAGGAUGGAAAAUCAGGGUGCUGCUCCAGAUCAUCUACUCAAUUUGGUGCCAGUUUGAUGUCAUGGUUAAGAGCAGCAGGACUCUAAUCCGGAGAGCCAGGUUUGAUUCCCCACUUCUCUGCUUGAAGCCAGCUGGGUGACCUUGGGUCAGUCACAGCGCUCUCAGAGCUCUCUCAACCCCAUCUGCCUCACAGGGCGAUUGUUGCAGGCAGGGUUUUUUUUCUGGGAAAAGAGGUGGCGGAACUCUCAAGAGGGAAAUGAGGAAGAAACACACAGGAUUCUUUGAAAUAAUAUUAUUUUCAAGCACUAUUGCUGAGUAUUUUCAAGAGGUGCCGGAACUCCAUUCCACCACGUUCCCCCUGAAAAAAAGCCCUGGUUGUGAGGAUAAUAAUAGCACACUUUGUAAAGUGCUCCGAGUGGGUGUUAAGUUGUCCCAAAGAGCAGUAUAUAAAUCUAAUGUUGUUGUUGUUGUUGUUUACCCUGGGGUGAUUAACAAUAACAGAGCAACACGGUCAAUGCUAUAGCCAAACAAGUAAUAUCCCGUGUGUAAUAAAGUCUUAUCUCCAUAAACAUACAAUCAACAAUAUAUUUAUUAAUUAAGUUAUCUCCUAUUAUAUAACCAGGACUCAUACCACAUAUUACAAUGCAAUUAUAGUUUCAAUUUGUAGGCGUCAUACAUACUCCAACCAAUCAAUUAAAGUGUCUCGUGCUCUAAAUCCUAUUAUCCAUACUAUUAAAGUGCAAUUGCUUUCCGGUGUCACUUGACACAAUUUAUCAUAUAUGGAGUCAAUUUCGCCUUAUAUUUCAGUUCAAUGUGUGUACGGUCCAAGGUUGAUCCCAGACACUGUGCCGGUCACACAGGAGAUAUAGGAGAUAACUUAAUUAAUAAAUAUAUUGUUGAUUGUAUGUUUAUGGAGAUAAGACUUUAUUACACACGGGAUAUUACUUGUUUACCCUGGGGUGACAUAGAGGUAGGCCAGAGGGGGACUAGAAAGCCUAGAGAGCCUCAGCAACCUCUUGUGAAACAAACUUCAUCCUGGUUUCUGUGGCCUCGCUCCAAACUGCUUGCUUCUGGGCCCUCCCACAGGAUAAUUAAUGCCUUCAGUCCAAGAACUCCACGAAAGGGUAGAAGGGAAUUAGUGGUCUAGAAGGCUGUAUCUGGAUUAGACUGGAUCCUUUCCACUCACCGUGAAAUGGUGGUUUAUAAACCAAGCUACCUGUUCAGUGUUUUCAGGAAUACACAUUUUGAGUUUAUGUGAUGCUGUUGUUAAAUUAAGAACCACACUGGGCCAAACCUACUUGCGUGUCUUUUAAAACAUGAUGUUAAUAAAAGUAUUAAUACAAAAUUUUGUUGGCUUUGUAAUUUUAUUAUUAUCUUUUACUUUACAAAAUUUAUAUCCCACCUUUCUACCCUUAUAAGGGCCACCGAGGUGGCUAACAAAUUAAAAGCUUAAAUAAUAAAAUCUCAUCUUAAAAACCAUUAAACCCAGAAAAAUCACAUAAUUAAAACAAUUAAAACAAAAGCACAUACAAAAACAUAAAAACAACUACUAAAACAGUAAAUGGAGGCAUACGUUCUCAACAAUGGAGAGAUGGCUUACUGCUUUGCUCAUCUGAACAGGGUCUCUUGCAGGUGCCAGUCUGCACAUGGGGAAAAUCAACAGCAGCCCGUACACGGGCUUUCUCUGUGGUGGCCCCUACCCUAUGGAACGGCCUGCCUGGGGAGGUCAGGAGAGCCCCCACCCUCCUGGCUUUCCACAAACAACACAAAACUGAAUUAUUCAAAAAGGCCUUUUUUCUCAGCUAAGAGGGCGGUAUUGUAGGAAAGGGGUCCCAGAUGUUUCCUUAAUGAGUUAGGAACCAUAGAUUUCACCAUUAUGUUGCCUUACAUAUUAUCUGUUGCUUUAAAUAUGUACUCCUAUAUACUACCUGUGCUUCAUGUUGUUUAAUGUAAGUCAUAGAAUUGACUAUGUUUUGUUUCAGCAAUUCUUCAACCCCAUAGUGGAUCCUUGCUAAUACUAUGUCUUUGUAAACUUGUAUUCAUUUACCUUAUGACAUUGUUUAUGGAAAUGUUCUUGACACUGUAUGGAAAUGCCUGCCCUUGUCCUUGCCACUGAUUGUACUAAUCCCACACUAUGUAAUCCGCUAGAGUCUCAGUGAGAAAGGCAGAAUAUAAAUGACAUUAA